AGAAUACCGAACCGAUGUGUGAAAUGCACAGAGCAAAGCGAUUUUUCCAUGGUUGUGCAAUUGCAGGAUCUAUACACUGUCAUCACCAGUUCUGUGAAAUCAAAUGUUCGUUUUCUCUGUAAAACCUUUCUUCAGUGUCCUUCUCGUUUCGCUCUCACUCCUCUUCCUUCUCGUACUGCUAUCGCCUCCUUCCCUUUUAUCCCAAAUUCCCAUUUCUGGUGGGGAGGUGGUGGGUAUAUGGAAUGUUCGGAGACUCGUGGAAUGGAGACCUUGCAAUUGGUGGCUACAAGGACAACAAACAGACAAUUGCUUUCGUUUUUUUGUUUAUUCUUGAAAUGGUGCAGCUCUACCACUAGAAACCAACGGAUAUAUCAGAGUGGAUUGCUAUGGAGGCCUCAAUCAGAUGCGAAGAGAUUUCUGUGACGGUGUGGGCAUUGCUCGUUUGUUAAAUGCAACCCUCGUCUUGCCAAAGUUUGAAGUGGCCUCAUAUUGGAAUGAAACAAGUGGUUUUGCUGAUGUAUAUGAUGUAGACUACUUCAUACAGCAUAUGAAUGGCUUUGUCAAAGUUGUGAAAGAGUUACCACCAGAGGUUGCAUCUAAAGAACCUGUUCCAGUGGACUGUAGCAAACGGAAAGGGCAAUUUGAUUACGUUGAAAGUGUUCUUCCAUCUUUGUUACAACACAAGUACAUCUCAAUCACACCAGCAAUGUCCCAAAGAAGAGACAGAUACCCUUUGUAUGCAAAAGCUGCUCUGUGUCAAGCUUGUUACAAAGCAUUGCGUCUUUCGAGGUCCUUGGAAAUGAAGGCCUCUGAGCUUCUGGAAGCAAUACCUAAACCCUUUUUGUCUCUUCAUCUUCGUUUUGAGCCUGAUAUGGUUGCAUACAGUCAGUGUGAGUACAAGGGUCUUUCUCCUGCUUCCAUGAAAGCCAUAGAGGAAGCACAAAUCGACAGAAAACCAUGGACUGGAGACUUAGCUCGCAUUUGGAGACUACGUGGAAAAUGUCCACUUACACCAAACGAGACUGCUGUAGUACUUGAAUCUCUUUCCAUCCCACCAACUACAAAUAUAUACCUUGCUGCUGGAGAUGGUUUGAUGGAGAUGGAAGGAUUGACAGAGACCUAUGCCAACAUAUUUACUAAGUCAAGUCUUCUUAGUAGGGAAGACUUCACAAACAUGCAUGGCAAUACAAAAGCUGCUUUGGAUUAUUAUGUAUCCAUUAACAGUGAUUCUUAUGUAGCUACGUAUUUUGGGAACAUGGACAAGAUGGUUGCAGCAAUGAGAGCUUUCAAAGGUUUGUACAAGACUCUAUUUUUGAGUAGAAGAGGUUUUGCAGAAUUAACCUCAAAGGGUCUUAGGGGAAAGGAGUUGAUGGCAGCGCUGUGGAAGGUUCACAGAGAUGAUUUUGCUAUCGGAAGAGGCUCUGCUCUGCCAGAGUGUUUUUGCGAAUUCAAGUUGUGAUUUUGGAUCUCUGUUUUGGCAUUAUUGAUGUUAAUUUUUCACGGAGGCACACGUUAGAAGAAGGGUCUGGUCAUCUUCAUGGAAUCCAAUUGGAUGAAUCCAAAAAUAUAUUGUUUUAGAAUUUUUAUUUGUUAUGUUGUGUAAUUUUUUAUUAUUAUCACUUGAGAGAAUAUAAUUAGUCUUUCUCAGUUUUAUUA